UGUUGUGAAAACCUCUGCUUUAUUUAGAUUUAAAAUAGUUUGUGCUUCCAUAAAUAAUUAUUAAAUAAGCAUUUCGAAAUGCCUAGAAGUUUGUGGAAAAAGACAAAGCAAUAUGUUCUUGAUACAUUUCGGGUAAAUUUAAAAUAUGCAUUCUUUUUAUUUUUACUUUAUUAAUAAAUUUUAAUAUGAAUAUUAUUUAAUUUGUCUAAUUAACCCUCUUGGGGCGGAGAUUCUCGGGGUGUAUGUGCCAAAAAGACUGAGCACUUUUUGCGAGCUCGGCACUCGCAUUGCAAACAAAUUGAUAAAAAAUAAACUAUUCUCUUAAAAUUUAUAAAACUAUGUAUUCUUGUAGGAAAUUGAAUGAACUACUGACUACUAAUACAAUCUUAAUGAAUCAAACUGACUGAAAUAUCAACAUUUAUGAGCUACCCUGAUUUGCAUAAUUUAUGCACAUAAUUCUUUGUUAAACCUAGAAAACAUGACUUACUUGUAUAAUAAAUUGUUAUAAUUUCUUUUAUGGAUGAAGCCUGAAUAAGUCCUAACACUAAUAUUUUUUUUCUACAAGGCCAAGGCCCAUGGAAGCUCUUCAGUCUUCAGACACCUCUGGCACAUGGUUCUACUCAUUUUGCACCCACCCCCCCCACUAUUUUUCAUUUAUUACAGACCUCUUAAGCUAGAUGUUACUGAGAAAGUUGUCUGCACAUCUAUUGGUCUCUCUCAUAAACAUUUGAGCGAUAGUUAAUAAUUAAUUACUAUACUAUACUAAAAGUAUACUAUAUUGCAGGCCUGCACAACAUACGCCACACACGACCCGCCAGCACCCACUUUGCGGCCCCAAAGAAUUAAAGAAAUAUUCUUUAUUCUUAUUAUUUUCUUAAAAGCUUUCUCCCCUGUCCUAUUUUCUUUUUGCCCGCAAAAUUCCUGUCCUAUUUUCUUUUGGCCCUCACAAGUCACAAGUUUUUCACAAAGUAUUACGGCCCGCCUUACAUUUUGAGUUGUGCAGGCCUGCUAUAUUGUAUUGACUAUACUUUAGUACUAUAGUACUAUAGUACUAUAGUGGAUAGUACUAUACUAAUGACUAAUAGUAUAAUAUAUUACUUUUAAUUACUAUAUUAUAGUAUUAGUAUUAGCCUCUAAAGUCAAAAGUCUAGGUGUAAAGAAGUCUUAAGUCACCUUGGAAGGCGUAAUCCCUUAUUAUAAUAUAAAAAUAUGGCAAGGGAUUACCAUGGGUUAUAGUUCUAGCUAAUUAACCUCCUUGAGAUGGAGCAUUUUACUUUUACUUUUUUGGACUGUGGUUGCCAAGAAGAUGGAGCCCUGGCUUUUCAUAAGCCAUGCCCAGCACUUACGUCACAACCCCCCCCCCCCCCCCCCCCCCCCAAACAAAAAAAAUGAUAUGUAGUAUAUUAGUAAUUAGUAUAUUAGUCUAUAUAUAUAUAUAUAUUCUUGUAUGAGAAUUUAAUAUUCAAAAGUCUAAUAAGAUCUCUCUUUAACUAUCAAACUGAAAUCUCAAAAUUUAUCAUAAUGUAUAUAAAUGAGAUAUCAAGAUUUGCAUAAUUUAUGCAAGCAAUUUUUGUUUAGGCUUAAAAUAAAUAUGGUUUACUCACAGAAUUUAGUUAAAUUGUAUGAUUUUGAAGUCUAAUAAGUCCUGACAAACAUUGGAAUAAGAUUCAACAUGAAAGGCUGGAUUAAAUAUUCCUCUGGGUUAGUAGGCCUACUAGCAAACUAGUACUAGGGUUAGUGGGCCUAGUAGAGUAAGAAGGCCUAGGAGGUUAGAAGGCCUAGAAGGGUAAGGUGAAACUAAAUUAGUCAAUUCUGAAAGCUAAGUUAGGGCUAACUGCCUUAGACUUCUAAUUAGUAAUUUAAGUAGUUUUUAAUUCAAAUUUGGGGCAAAGGGGGGGGGGGGGGGUCGUCACUAACUCACAGCCAAGCAUAACUAUAAUUCUACAAGUGAGUACCGGUUACGACAAAACAAUAGUGACAUCAAAUUUUUAACUUCACUAAAAAUUCACAUUGCAGUAAGAGUUAGUAUUUUUUUUUAAAGACUUGACUACACCCCAUGACUCAAACUCUUAAAAUUGUAUAAAUAGGCUUGUACAAUUUUUGUAGGAAGAGGAUCCUGAAGAGUAUUUUAAAUACAAGACAAAGUCAGCUCAUGGUCUAAGUCAAGAUGAAUUAGAAUUUAUGCAGGUCAGUUAAUGUUGCUUUUUUUUCAGUAUGAGAUUAACUCAUGGCUGUAAAUGAUAAGUAGUUUGGAUGAGAAGAGCAUGUGGCUAUUUUCACUAGCUAGUCCCCGCUGUACCCAGUUUUUAUGUUCAUUAGUUUGUUCAAUUAAAUUGUUAAUUUUGUCUAAAACUGCAGAAUUCUUAAGUUAUUUUGGAUAUCCAUAAAUUUGAGAGUACUUAGUCCUGUCACUCAACAUGUAGGUUGCUUACUCCUGUUUUUGUCUAUCAUAUAUUAUAACUUAUUUUUCCUUUGCCUAAGGGUUCUGUGUUAACUUGUAUCAACUUUUUUAUUGUUUGCGUACUUUCUUAGGCCGUGAAGAAUCGCUCAAUACAAAAACUUCGAACAAUGCUAAACAGUGGAGUUGAUCCUAAUUUUUUCAAAAAUCCUGGAAACAGACAAACGCCUUUACACCUCGCUGUUGAGGGCACUGGUGAGAAAUGAUUAAUAUUGUGUUGUUUUUUUAAAUAAAUUUGGUGUUAUCUUUCAUCUUUUUAUGCUAAAUUUUUUGUUAUUAACCACAUGGAAUAGUUAUUUAUUAAAUCAUUCUCAUUUUUUUUUUUUUUACUUGGGAUUCCCAAAUAUUAGUGACAUUAUGGAAAGCUGAUAAAAAUAUUAAUAAUUGACAGUUGAUAAAUAAAUUUGGUGUUAUCUUUCAUCUUUUUAUGCUAAAUUUUUUGUUAUUAACCACAUGGAAUAGUUAUUUAUUAAAUCAUUCUCAUUUUUUUUUUUUUUACGUGGGAUUCCCAAAUAUUAGUGACAUUAUGGAAAGCUGAUAAAAAUAUUAAUUAUUGACAGUUGCAUUUUAAUUUUCGGCUUUAAAAAAAAAAAAAUUUCAAAUAUUUCAUUUUUAAAAAAAGUUUCUGAAAAAGUGGUUGGAGUGCUGCUGUUUUUUGGGGCCAACCCUAACGCACAGGACAACCUAGGCUGCUCCCCACUCCACACGGCUUGUCUGCAUGGGAACUCUGCCGCUGUUGAGCAGUUGGUCUCGGCUGGAGCCGAUGUUAAUUUGGUGGACAACUAUCAAGGUAAAGUAUUUCAAUGAAUCAUCCCCCCUGCUGUCGCCUUCUAAAAGGAACAAUAGAUAAAGAAUUGUAUUAUUAUUGUUGUUUUAUUUAAAUGUCCUACAUAUGUUAAUAAAAUAGCAGAACAAGGUAUGUCCUACAUAUGUUAAUGAAAUAGCAGAACAAGGUAUGUACUACAUAUGUUAUAGAAAUAGCAGAACAAGGAAUGUACUACAUAUGUUAAAAUAUUUACAGACUUUUUCUUUAUGGGAUGCACCAGGAUUUAAAAUAGAGAAAUUAAAAAUGAAAGAAUUUUAACUGCAAUGAAUUCACAAUCGUCACUUGUAGUUUAUUUUUAUUUUCAUUUUAUCCCUUUAAAAGGGUAGUGAAAUGAAUUUUUUUUUAGCUAAAAUUUGGGGGAAAUUUCAGAAAUUCAUGAGGAAAGCUAUUAUUGUAUGUUAUUGUGAGAUUAAAAAUAAGCUCCAAACCUUCUGAUAAUAAAAGUGAUCCCCUCAAAAAGUCUAUCUUUUUACAAAGCUGCUUUUAAAUGAAUAAUUUUACGUAAAUGUUUUUUAAUUACAUGUUCCUCUUUUUUUUUCAUUUUGUUUAUUUUUAUGUGAAGCACGGUGAGCCUAGCCCUAGACUGGGGUACUGCACUAUAUAAGUGAGCCAAUCCCUAGGCUGGGGUACUGCGCUAUAUAAGUGAGCCAAACCCUAGGCUGCUGUACUGCGCUGUAUAAGUGAGCCUAGCCCUUGGCUGGGGUACUGCGCUGUAUCAGACCACUUUAAUAAUGAUAAUAAUAAUAAGUAACAAACUAAAGUGCCUGAAAAUAUUUUACCUCACUGAAUGCCGUCAUCAACUUGCUCCAUUAUGUAGAUAUAUAUACACCAUCUAAACUAUCUUAUCCCUCUGCCAGAGACCCCAUUGAUGACAGCCUGCAAGGUAGCACACAAAAGUACAAGUGAUAUAGUUGACCUUCUACUAGAGGGAGGGGCCAUUGUUUCGUGUACAAAUGAUAGAAAACAGUCAGGUACAAUUUUUUCAAAACCAACAGGAUUGCAAUAUUUGUCUGUUUUGUGUUUGAUUGUCCGAUAAGCCUGUGAAGUUAAUCAAAUCAUACUUUGGAUUAAAACAUACUUAGGAUAAAAAAAUACUUUGGAUUAAAACAUACUUUGGAUUAAAACAUAUUUUGGAUUAAAACAUUUUUUUGAUCAAAACAUACUUUGGAUUAAAAAAUACUUUGGAUUAAAACCUACUUUGGAUUAAAACAUGCUUUGGAUUAAAACAUACUUUGGAUUAAAACAUACUUUGGAUUAAAACAUGUUUUCAAGAUAUUUAUGCACAUUAUGAACAUUGUUUUUUUCUGGAGAGAAAAAUGAUGACAAACUAAUUUUCCAUUACUAUGUAAUAUGAAUGUCACAAAAUCUGUUUGUAAAGAGAAGCAGUAUGUUUAGAUUAAAACACGCUAACCAUAAUAUAUGUUUACAAGUGGGUUGAAGAUUUAUUUUUUUUAAAGUGACAAACUGCAAAUUAAAAUGUUUGGCUGCAAACCUUUGUCAGUUAACAUAAAUAUACAUGUUCAGAUAUGAAUUUAAAGACAGGAAAUAUUUGAUAAAGCUUUAACUUAAUUUCUGUGUUUUUGCAUUUUAAUCUACUUCAGCUUUAUGAAGUCCUACCCUCCUCCUAUCCUCAUGUUCAUUGACAUUAGCUGACCUGAAUGGAAUAAAUAUAAUUUUACUUUCCCAGCUGUCGCCACUAGAUGUUGAAGUGUUGUUAAGUUAUUUCAAAUGCAGUUGAAUCUCAAAAGUGCAAUUUUAUUUUAAAACUAUAGCGUCAUUAAUGCUUAGUGCCUUUCAGAGUUUGUGUAGCCACCAUUAGGGUUGUAAAAAUUCCAACUAUAAAAACUUCAUUCAUCACCGCUACCAGAAAAUAGGAAUAAUAAAUUAAUUUUUUUUUUUUUAAAUUAUUUUUAUCAGCUUGUUUCAUAAUAAUUAUUCAGUCCUUCAUAAAUUUAUAGUCCCUUUUGAAUACAAGACCUGGCUGCCCCCCCCCUCCCAACCCACCCCCAAAUGCCAUAUGCCCAGACCUUUAUCACCCAUCGUAUGACAUGAAAAAAAUACCAGCGAGCAGAUGUCAAUGUAUUGUCCCUGUCACUGUGGCAUGUUCAUGUGCUCACUGCAUAUCAUCUCUCACUUUAGUAUUGCACAUCUUGACCUGUGCCAACCCGCUGGCCACACGAACAGAGGUGUGGAUGAUGGAGGACAGGUACGUGCUGGUGAACAAACUUCUCAACCGCGUUGCAAGGCCAUUGCUGGUGACGAAGCUUCUGACUUUUGGAAUGUCGGCCAACACACUGGAUGAACAAAGUAACUUGCAUCAAUGUUAAGAUUAAUAUUCUUGCGAUUGCCGCCAGCGCUACUGACAAUAUUAAAUUUUGCACUCUGCUUUUUUUUUUUUUAGCCAAAGUAUACAGUACCGGUAAUCAAAGUUGUUUUUUCGUGUCUCAAAAUAUUUAGUCUACAUCAUGUCUGAUAAAAUUUAUCGCUGACUUAAAUAUUAUUUAAUGUUUUUAGAACACAAAUCAACUGUAGUAGUUUUUUUAAAAAACUGUUACAUGCAUCCCGUAUUGUUCUUAAUCCUAAUAUCAUUUUUUUCUUUUUUUUGUAUUUGUGCAUAUUAAUUGAUAUAAAUAUUUAUUAAUUCAUUUACUGGGGGGGGGGGGGGGGUAUAAACUGUGGCAUGCUGUCAUGUAUCAACUAAGCACUCUCUGUUAUAUGGCUGGUAGAUUGUUUGGCAUAAUUUGAAUUGACCUCCUAAUUUUCCAUUUAAAAAAAUGAAAUCAAUGCAAUUUAAGACAACCUUAUCAAUGAUACACAAUGUCCAUGUCAGUCAUUCACAAUGCCCAUGUCAGUCAUACACAUUGUCCAUAUCCAGCAUACACAAUUUCCAUAUCAAUUGUAUGCAAUGUCCAUGUCAAUUAUACACAAUGUCCAUCUCAAUUAUACACUGUCCAUGUCAAUUAUGCACAAUGCUCAUAUCAACCAUACACAAUGUCCAUGAUUUGUGUUGUUCGUGAAGAGCUUCAGGUCCAUUAGCUGGUAAGCAAAAGUGGUCUGUAUUUGUUUUUACUGUACAGUACGCUUGCUUCCGUUUCCUGUAAGAUAAGCCCCUGGCCUAUCUAAAUACCUUUGUCAUUAGGAAUUUACUGCCCGUCAUUGUAUCCUUGAAUAUCUCGUUUCACCAGUCAUCUUUUCUCCACAGAUUUAACCCCACUGUGCUGUGAGCUCCUGCUCUUGCUCCAGGCUCCAACCUUUGACCCAGAUAAUGAGACCGAUCUUUUGCUGACAGCCAAGACCUUGGUCAGAGGUGGGGCGAUGCUGCAGAUACCUGACGUCAUGACAGAACUUGAUGUGAGAACAAUAAAAAAAUUAAUUCAUUAAGAACGGCAGAAUCAAUGGGGAUCUAGAAGAGAUUUAAUGUCAAUGUUGUUAUUAUAUAUCUUCAUAUAUUGGUUUCUCAGUUCCUGUGCAGCGUGUUUGCCAGUUAUUGAAAUUUCCUAUAAACCCCCUUUCUACUAUAUAUCACCAACAUUAGAGCUUUUCGAUAUUUUAGCAUAUUGUCUUUCCUGGUUGGUAGGACAUUGUCUUUCCUGAUUGGUAGGACAUUGUCUUUCCUCGUUGUAGGACAUUGUCUUUCCUGAUUGGUAGGACAUUGUCUUUCCUGGUUGGCAGGACAUUGUCUUUCCUGGUUGGUCUGGAGGAUCACAAAGCCUCGGAGUUGCCAGCUAAAAAGAAUACAAUUUAUUGGCUACUUUUUUUAAACCCACAAAAUAUAUACGGGCAAACAUAGAUGUUUAUGGAAAACAUUCUUUUAGAAUGUCGAUUUCUUAAAACUACGGUGCUUAAAACAUUAAAAUGCCCUUGGGAUAUGGCUAUAAUUCUAUGUGUAAAUCUUUGUCAUAAUGACACAAAAUAUUAUAUAUAGCAUUAGUAUAUCAUAUGGUUUUCUAAUCAGUGAUUGAUUGUUCCUGCUUAUGAUCACAAACUCAAACAUACAAAAUCGACAAGAAAAAAAGUUGAAAAUGCUGACAAAUCUCUCUUUUAAGAUCUAAAUAAUGAAAAGCUUCAAGCACAGUUUCUAAUUUAUUUUUUACAGACGAGUCAUUUUAUUCAAAUUACUUACUUACUGUCUGUAAAUGUAUUGACAAAAAGGGACACUGCCCCCCCCCCCGCCCCCCCCCCCCCCACACCACAAGGUAUUGGUUGAAGGACUUGUGUUCCAAGUAAAACCCUAUCCUCAACAAUACAUUUUCUAUUUCAGCUUCUCUUCCGAAUACGACGUGCUCGGGGGCCGAUCCAUGCCCCCACGUUCAACAACUUAGCCAGACUGAUCAGAGACAUCCACCCCGUCAUACCCAGGGCUCACCUGUCCUUGUGCUUGGACCUGGUCAAGCAAGUGUCUGGUCGAGCCGAGACGCAGUCCUUGCAGAGGGAGCUGGAGGUCGCCAUCUCAACUCUGCCGAGCCUCCUGCAGCUGUGCAAGCUCAGCGUCAGGCAGUGCCUUGGCGGCUACGUUUUAUGCCAAGCCCAGUACUUGCCUCUCCCCGACAAGAUGAAAGAUUACAUCUGCAGUGUUUGAAGUCCACGGCAGCAUGUCAUCCCUGCGUUGUUUGAUAACCCGUAAGUUUUUUGAGUGGCCUCUCUUUGACAGUCAUAACUGCUGCUCAAAGUGAAUUUGGGUUUUAUAAUAAAUUAACUUCUUUUUCUGCAGCCAUGUUCUUUUUAAUGAACUGUAAACAUGAACAUUAAAUGCAAUAUUUCCCUGGUCAUACAUUACAUUACUUGCAUUUCUUUCACAUGCUGUGGUAUCACACUUUGUACAUUGACCUCUCAUGAACUUGAGUUUGGUACGGGGAGGGGUGAAGUAGGUCAAUUUAUUCACUGCCGGUCCCUUUCUACUCUCAGGCUAAUCUCUGUUACUAAGUCUGCCACACUAUUGACUCUCCCUCAGAAGAAAAAAAACCGGUGGAAGUGACACAAAUUAAAAAUCGUGUUAUGUGAAAACUGCUGCACAUUUUUUAAUACCGGUAAUAGUGUUGUUUGUCAUUUUCUCAUCCUUCCCCAACAUUAUUAUUGAUAUCUCCUUGGUGCAUCCACACGGUAAAGUAAAAUCACUAAUGUUAUUUUAUCAGUCAAACAUUGUUUUUUUUGUUUGUUUUUUUUACUAUCCUUGAUGCCUUGCCUCCCCUAAAGUUUUUUUAAACCCUGUACUUUUUCUUUCUUUUCCUCAUUGACGCCCAAACCCCAUUUAUGUUUUUUUUUACAAAUUUAAUGUAUAUCAUCUGAUUAUUUUGUCUAAGAGUGAGACUACCAAAAUUACCAUUGUUUAGAGUGGACAGUUUUUUUUUAAUGCUGCAUGUGGUUGUGAAAGAGAAAACAACUGAAGCAACUGCCAGAAGAGGUUUAUUUGUGUAGGUUUAACAAAUGUGUUUAUUGCAUUUACACUAACCCAAUACUGAGCCUUUCUUGUAAAUAUAUGUUAAACAGUGGUCCUCAGUCUGCAGAGCACCAGUUGUUGAAUUUUUCAAGUGUGAAUGUUGAAACCUGUUUUGGACGAAGUAAAUUGUUUUAUGAUAAUUUCACCAAAAUGUGAGAUUGUUCAAAUUGUUUUUUUUUAAAUGUAACAAAAGUUGGGUGGCACUGAUAGAUGACAUCAUAUCUUCCCAGUUUUUUUGUAUAGCAAUAAUCCAUGGAUUUUCUUGAAAAGAUGUAUUUCAACCAUUUAGCCCAUUUAAGCCAGGGCAGAAGGCAGCUACAUUGCCAAGCUCGCUGGCAGUACCCAUCUGGAGCGGUGCAUCCUAUUUAGAAGGCAGGAGUUGUGUGUUUGAUGAAAAUAAUACAGAUGAAGAUGUAUGUAUAAUUUUAUGGAGUUGUUGGGUGGGAUUGCAACAGUUUUUGUUUGAAAUAGACAAGUGAGAAACACAGAGAAUAUUUUAUGAGCUAAAACAAAAUCAGAGAGCUCUGGAUUAGGCCGUCAUUAGGCCAUGGGAGCCGAGAGGAAACAAGCUUAAUUAAUAUUGGUCCACUUAAUGUCAUGGACUGGAAAACUGCAAACCACUUACUGGUGUAAUGAAUCCAGCCUGCCAUGGCCAGCAGUACAUUGACUUACUGAUGUAAUGAAUCCAGCCUGCCAUGGCCAGCAGUACAUUGACUUACUUAUGUAAUGAAUCCAGCCUGCCAUGGCCAGCAGUACAUUAACUUACUUAUGUAAUGAAUCCAGCCUGCCAUGGCCAGCAGUACAUUGACUUACUUAUGUAAUGAAUCCAGCCUGCCAUGGCCAGCAGUACACUGACUUACUUAUGUAAUGAAUCCAGC